CGUCUCUUCCGAAAAAUCCAAAACCCUAAACGAAACCGUUGGGUCUCGGAUUCGAUUCGCCAUGUGGAAAAUGAGUGCCACUUAAUAACAGCUUCUGAUUACUCGUGGUGGUGACUGAUUGCGUCAGCAGACAUAGCUUCCAACGUUGUCUCUCUCUGUGGAAUCGAAUCUUUGAAUGGAAGAAAGCUCAUCGGAAGAGACGUGCGACAUAUGGGAAGAUUACUUCCGAUUCUGUAAAAGACCUAGAGAGGAGGUGGAUACGAUAAGCAAGCUACCAGAUUCUCUCAUCUCUCAGAUACUCUCCCAUCUCCCGACCACAAAGGAAGCCGUUCGAACCAGCCUUCUCUCCAAACGGUGGAAAACUCUCUACCUUUCGAUCCCCGCGUUGACUCUGAACGCUAACGAGUUCCCAAAUCACAACGCCUUCGUUAGUUUCAUCGAUAGGUUCCUCGAUUUCUCUAGAGAACAGAACUCGAUCCUACACAAGCUGAAGCUAAGUGUUCGAAAGAACAACGUGGAUGAUUCUCCUCCCUGCGUCACGCGGUGGAUAGACUCUGUGUCUUCGUCCAAACUUAACCAUCUCUACGUCGAGUGUCUCGUGAACCGUAAGUUUCUAGAAGCGAUUCCCCGGAGUCUAUACGUAUGCUGCGACACUUUAGUGUAUCUAAGACUCCAUCGUGUCUCCUUGGGCGAGUUCGAGUCUGUGUCUUUACCUUGUCUCAAGAAAAUGGUGUUAGAACACAACGUAUACGCAAACGACGCCAGCCUGGAGCUGUUUAUCUCGUCUUGCUCUGUUCUUGAGGAUCUGAGCAUUGUUAGAAUGGCACCGGAUAAGAUCAAGGUUUUACGUGUGUGCUCUCAGUCCUUAACGAGUCUUCAUAUAGACUUUUUGUUAGGUGAAGACGAUGACUUUGAUGAUGGCUCAGGAGUUUUCAUUGAUUCUCCUAAACUCGAGUUCUUGAAGUUCGAAGAAGAUCUAUCUGAUAGUAAAAUAAUUACCAAUACAGGGUCCUUGGCCAAGGUCAACCUUGUUUUUAUUUUCGGUGAGAAUGAUACUGCUGAUGUAAUCGAGUUACCAAAGCGAGAUAAGCGAGAUAUGAUCCGUAACUUCUUUACUAGCAUCUCUCGUGUUACUGAUUUGAAGCUCUCUGAGCAUAUUGUGGAGUUUCUCCAUUACCACAUUGAAUUCGACCCACUGGUACUGCCUCAGUUUCGCAACCUCUCUCGUUUGAGAACAAAGAUUUUUAUGUGGUGUCUGGACGUGCUGCCAACUCUUCUUGAGAGCUGUCCGAAUCUAAACUCACUCGUCUUGGCACCGGAUUUUUAUCCGGAUGAUGAAGCAGCAGAAAUUAAAUCAGCAUCGAUACCUCGGUGUCUGCAAUCAUCACUAGAGUAUGUAGAGAUAAAAAGUUUCAACGGAAGCCCUGAUAGAAUGAAAGUAGCAAGGUACUUUGUGGAGAACUCACUGGUGCUUAAAAAGCUUGUUCUGGAUGCUAGAUGCAAAACCAUGGAACAAGGGUGUUACAUCACAGAACAGGGGUUUUCCAUGUUUAGGGAUCUCCUUUCAUUGCCCAGGCCAUCUAGUGCGUGUCAGAUCCUACUUAAAUGAUUAGACUCGAGAGUUAGCAUUUUCAAGCUGGUUUUGUUAGACUGCAUUUGGAUUUUUUGGUUCUGUUUUUCUUUCUUGUUGAAGUCUUUGUGUGCUUUUUGGUCACUAGUUAUGGAAUAAUGCUUGAGAAUUCUACAACUGUACAGCUUUGUUUGUCUUCUUUUAAGCCAUCUGUGCACCAUAUCAGCAAGUUUAACAUU